UUCCCGCCUGGAUUGUUACUAUGCAAAUAAUAUUCCAAACAUAAUCACGUGUCCUUUGAAGAGCCACGUGGAUUAACAAAACAGGUUAACCCCCCUGCCUGUUUCAGAUUUUUUUUAAAUUCUAUUUCUUUAACUGAUCCUAAACGCACACAUUUACCCGAACGCAUAGCUCUUUAAUCCCAUGGAAUAAUUUACGCGGUGAAUGCCGGAGUCCCCUAGGAUGGUCCCUUUAUAAGGGGACAGCUUCCCCUGAAAUUUCAGUCUGUUUCAUCUGCCAGCAGACUUUCACACCUCUAAUUUAACGCUGAAUUCAUUUUUUUGGACUUUUCCUCUGAUAUUCGUCCAUGGCAUCAAAGAUGAAGGACAGGAAGAGGACUCCAAUUUCCCACAAAGUUAUUGAGAAAAGAAGGCGGGACCGCAUUAACCGUUGCCUAAACGAACUGGGGAAAACCGUACCGAUGGCGCUGGCUAAGCAGAACUCUGGGAAACUGGAAAAAGCUGAAAUCUUGGAGAUGACUGUUCAGUACCUGCGAGCUCUGCACUCCGCGGAUUUUCCCCGUGGGAGAGAAAAAGGAGAGCUGCUGGCUGAAUUCGCAAACUACUUCCACUAUGGAUACCACGAGUGUAUGAAGAACCUGGUGCACUACCUGACCACGGAGGACAGAGCCGAGACCAAGGACAUCAAGUACGCGCGGAUCCUCGCCUUUUUACAGUCCAAGUCUCGCGCGGUCACCGAGCCCGUAUUUGGCUCCGUGGGCUCGAUGUCCGACCCACCCGACUAUCUUGGCCACCUGCACUCCUCCCCGGAGCACCAGAGCCACAGCCCUUCGGACUCAGUGUACCAGCAGAGCCCAACAGGACAUUUCUCAUGGCACGGCUCCGGACGCAGUCAGGGCAUUUCCUAUCCUGCGGUGCCGCUCUCUGCGCACACGCAGCAGCACGGAGGAUACUUGUCGCCGGUGCAGGGACUCGAUCACCAUUACUUCAACUUUAUAGGUCACACGCACGCAAACACGUUCAGUUUGCAUAGCGCUCAGCACGCUAUGUAAAACAAAUUAGCUCUAUUUUUAACUUAUGUUUUUUAGAUCAUGAAAAUACAAUAUGAAUAAAUAUACUAUUUCUCCCUAAAAUCUGUCUGUUAUUUUCUGUGUUAGAAGUUGGAUUCUACGUGCGAAAAUCCUCAUAAUAUUGUAUUUAGCCUAUGUUGCAAAGAGGUGAGAUCAAGUCUGCAAACCUGCAAAUUGUUAUCACUGAACCAACGCUUUAACCCGCUUAUUACCAGAACUAAAGGUUAAGUAGAUUCUUUUGAUUUUCUGGCUGAGUUAGUGCAUCUGCCCUCUUUCCAAGUUAGACAAGUAUUUAGUCUGACUGCGCGGUUUUUACAGUGUACAGUAAAGGGCAGCAAAAAGUGCCUGCGUCUGAGCCGAUUAAGAGGGUUCAACUUGUAUGAGGGCCGAGGCAGAAUUUCAUUUACAACUUUCAGCUAAUCCUGGCCCAAAUGUCUUGCACCUGGGGAGAGUUGAUAGAGAUUAAUGUUUUGUUCACACACGACCAGGUACCUCAGGACGGGUUUUCUGUGCCCCAGUAACAUUUUCUACAACAAAACACUGAAAGCCAUUGAACUACUUAAGAUUUGUUGAGAUUUUAGAUGAUCAACAUAAAGUAGAGAUUGAGAAGUGGAAAGAAAUCAAGACAUCUUUUUUAUUAUUAUUAUUAAUACUAAUACAAAUGUGAAAAGUGUCGUGUGGCUCCGUGCACAUAUGGACAUGCUUUUUUUAAAUUUUAUUUUUAAUUAUCAUUCUCCAUUCAGGCUGAAUGGAGAGCAUUCUUGCACAACAAUGUUCAACUCUUGCCACCAACCUUUAGUUGGAUUUAGGUCCAGGCUAUUUUUACACACACAUUUGUGUCAUUGCCCUGAAAGAAGGUGAACUUCUGUCACAGUCUGAAGUGUUUUGUGUGUUGUACCAUAUUUAGCACAACAUGAUGCUCCCACUAUUACAUUUCACCAAAGAUAUGUUGGGUCAAAUGUCAUAUUCUGUGUCUGUUUGCUGCCACACAAAAACAUUGAACAUAGCAAAACGGAUUUCUUGUGAUAUAAUCAUAAUCCUUUCCACAACUUUAUUCCUGAUCUGCCUUCCGAGGAAUACCUUGAUCUUCAUCAUGCUGUUCGUUCAUUCACAUUAUUUUACAAUAAA